AGCAUGUUUAGAGUAUGUUUGGGCUUGUGUUCCUAAUAAGACUGGCCCCUGAGGAUUAGAGUACCAUGGGGAUGUGAGCACCCUUUUGAGUCCUGAAUGGUGUGGACUGUGAAUAGCACAACAACAGCAGGAACAACAACAAUGGCUGCUGCUAGCUUUGGUUCAGUGCGUGUCAUGGACGUGGUUACGUGAGCAAUCCUCUAAUUCCGUUUCUUGUUUGGUUUUGGGUCGAGGAAUCUCUCUCUCUCUCAAAUCUCAAAUCUCUAAUCUCAAAUCUCAAUAGCUUCCUGACCCUCUCUACUUUUAAGUCUUCUCCCAGGCCUAAAAAAGGGGGACUCAAAAGUGACUCUUUAUUUCAGGUUUCGGAAAACAAGAAGAAAUUAGAGCCCUGCACUUGUCUUUAUUGUGUAUUUAUAAAUAAAUGCAUCUUUCUUUAUCUGCUUGUGGCUUGUUGUUUAUUGGUUUUCCUUGUCUGGAUUAGUUUUGUCUGGGUUUUCUUCUGAGUCUUUGUUUUUGAGGUCAGAACAGGAGGAGGUGGACUUUGAUGUUUAGGAGUUUUGGGGAAGAAGGUGUCCUGUGAUGGACUGAAGUGGGGUGGUCUCCAUCUUCUGCCUUUGUUUGGUUGCUAGAUAUGUUUCCUGUAUGAAUGUCUAUGGCUGAUUGGUAACUUUGGUAUCUUUUUCCAUUUCUUCCAGCCAAGGUGUUUUCCUUUUCAAUCUCUUCACUCAAUUUCUGAAGUGAAAUUUUGGUUUUCCAUCUGGGUUUCUUUCAUUUUGUUUACUAUCCUAGGAAUAGAGAUGGAGGGUUCUUCUAGGAACCGAGAACUAUAUUCUCAGUUUCUUGAUAUGAUACCUAACGAAAGAGAAUGGCUUGCUAGAAGGGAUGAAGCCAGAUUUGGAGUUUCAGAGGAUAAAAAGCUGGAGUUAAGGCUGGGACCUCCGGGGGAAGAUUGGUUUGACAAAGAAAACAGAGAAAAGGACGGCAGAGAAAGAGAUGAGUCUCUUCUAUCUCUCGGAAGCUUCUCUUCUCCGGCUUCUUCCAAGUCCAAUAAUAGCCACAAUAACAGUAUUUCUGCUGGGGCAAAGAGAGUGUUCUUAGAUACGGUUGAAGCCAAAGCUGGAGAACAGACAUGGCUGAUGAACCACAACCAGAACCAGAAGCUUUCAUUUUCAGAAAAACCGAGUGGGAAUGGGACUAUUCUCUCUUCUCCAUGGUGUUCUUCAACGUCUCCAUCUCCUUCACACUUCCAAGUGAAGACCCAGCAGCAACAACAACAGCCAAAGCCUCAGUUUCUUCAGGUCUCGUCCGUUCCCCAGAGCUUACCUGUUAUUCCAAAGGGACCUUCACAGACAUGUAAUGACACAAAACUAGCCGAGUUGCAGAACCCUGAAAAGAAAUCAUGUUCUACAGCUUCUGGUUCAGUUCCUGCAAAUACAAUUGUUCUCAACAGCUCCCACAAAAGAACUUCUCCUGCUCCAGUUGUGGGUUGGCCACCAGUUCGUGCAUUCAGGAAGAAUCUUGCGAGCGGCAGCAGCUCAUCCAAGCCGGCAUCGGAGAUACGCGACACACCUCCAGCAGAGACGCAUAGCGAGAAAACUGAAGCUUGUAGGAAGGGUCUGUUUGUGAAGAUUAACAUGGAUGGAGUCCCUAUCGGAAGGAAAGUGGAUCUCAAAGCCUAUGACAGCUAUGAAAAACUUUCCUUGGCAGUUGACGAACUCUUCAGAGGCCUUCUUGCAGCUCAAGAAGAUUCCUCUGCUGCUGGAGAUCAGAACAAGAAGGCAGCAGAUACCAAGGCAAUUACAGGUUUAUUGGAUGGGAAAGGAGAAUUUACUCUUGUUUACGAGGAUAAUGAGGGAGACAGGAUGCUUGUGGGGGACGUCCCAUGGCACAUGUUUGUAUCAACAGUGAAGAGGCUUCGCGUGUUAAAAAGCUCUGAACUUCCCACAUUACAGCUAGGUAGCAGUAAGCCAGGAAAGAGUACUAGGGUGGACUGUGGAGUGAAAGGAGGAAGUGGAUGAGAGGGAAAUGUGUCAGUCAUUAAAGAUUCUUUGUGUGGCAAAGUAUAUCUUAAUUUGGUUUUGUAAUUUUUAAGAUUUGGCUUAGCAGCACAGCCAGCUUUACACCAUUUCCCUCUUGUUUUUGGUGAUCUGUUACAACUUACAAAGCCCUUGUAAAAAGAAAGACUUGGUUCCAAAAUCCAAUGCAAACAAGCUUGUAGAGAAAUCAAAAAAGCUAUGUAUUUGCUUCAUAGGACUCUCUAAUCCAAUUUUACUUUGCUUCA